AUGUCCGCCGCCCGCGCCUUUAGCACCGCUCUCCGGGCAGGUGCCCCCCGCGCACCCAUUGCUGCUCGCUACGCCGUCACUCGAAGCUACGCGGCCGCCGCCGCUGCACCCACGGGUGCUGCGAACAAGCCCCCCGUGGCCCUCUUCGGCGUUGAUGGAACAUACGCGAGUGCUCUGUACACCGCUGCGGCCAAGACCAACGCCCUCGACCCCACCGCAAAGUCGCUCGAGUCGCUCUCUAGUGUUUUCAAGAAGGACCCCAAGCUCAGCGAGGUCCUCCGCGCUCCUACUCUCUCCGUCUCGGACAAGAAGCAGAUCGUUCAGGAACUCCAGAAGCACCUUGGCAACGCAGACAAGGAGGGCAUCGUGAAGAACUUCCUCGCAACUCUCGCGGACAACAACCGAUUGGGUGUGCUAGAGGGUGUUGUGGAGAAGUUUGGUGUGCUUAUUAGUGCGCAUCGUGGUGAGAUUGAGCUUGUCGUCACUAGCGCUGCGCCACUCGACAACAGGACCCUCAGCCGUCUCGAGGCCGCCAUCACCAAGUCACAGUACGUCGCAAAUGGCCAAACGCUCAAGGUCGUCUCCAAGGUCAACCCCGACAUCCGUGGUGGAAUUGUUGUUGAGAUUGGUGACCGCACCAUCGACCUGUCUGUCUCCUCCAAGAUGGCCAAGUUGAACAAGCUGCUCAAGGAUACUUUGUAA